AUGUGCAAGGUAUUUGCGAUAACCUUGCGAGGAGUAGCCCAAGACUGGUUCCACACCCUACCAUCCAGGUCGAUCAGCAGCUUCAAGGAGCUAGCUUACGUCUUCACCAAAGAAUACACCUCUUACCAGACAAUCAAGAAGAACCCUGACCACUUGUACAACCUACGCAAGAAGUCUGACGAAUCCCUUCGAGAUUACAUCAAGAGAUUCAAGGCGGAGAAGGCGAACAUUGCAGGAUGUGACGACCGAAUCUCAUCCACUGCUUUCAAGAAAGGCCUUCCAGCUGAGCACGACUUGUACCGCGAGUUGACUAUCACUCCCAGCCAGACUCUAGCAGAGGUCUACGUCACUGCGGAAUGCUACACGGAAGCUCAGCCAACUAAACGGGCAAGCCAAAGAGGUAACGGAUUUAACAACAGGAACAAGGACAAGCGCAGGUCGCACCCACAAGGGGAGGCUACGGUAGGAGAGAACUACCCCAAAUUCACCAUCCCCAUACAUCAAAUCUUAGCCCAAGUGAAUAACAAACCUUGGGUAAGAAAACCACCACCCUUGAAAGGAGAUCCGGACAAGAGGGAUACUAGCAAAUACUGUGUCUUCCAUGGAACGCAUGGACACACUACGAACAACUGCUUCGCUUUGAAAGCGCAUCUUGAAGAACUCGCGAGAGAAGGUCACUGCACAGAAUUCAUUGCGAAGCAGGCCAUCCAACGAAUUAAAGAUCGAGACACCGCCAAGGAGCCGCCUCAAAAGGUCAUAAGGAUUAACACAAUCUUAGCCGACUCCGAGGAGUCUGGGCUGACCAGUAAGGAAAAGAAGAGAAAGAUCAAACAGGCCACUGUGAUCUCCCAAGUGUUGACCGACCUUCCACCAGCAGAAAACGAUCCUGUGAUCGGCUUCCAGAAGAAAGAUCUGAUCGGCCUCGACAUGCCACAUAAUGACGCCCUUGUCAUCAGCAUUCAAAUCGCUCAGGCCAUGGUCGACCGAAUCCAUGCAGACGAGGGCAGCGCAGCCAAUAUCCUACAAUUGGCGGUCAUUUAA